AUGGAAAAUAGAUUUCAGGAUCCCUCGUCGCUCAACUCUUCACGUGCCACGUUGUCCUCUGUAAACAAGUCUGGAAUACAGCUGAUAUCGCCAAGCUUGACGACAAGUUCAAGUCCCGCUUCGCAUGAUCACCAAGCAGCCCCUACUUUCGCCACCAAUGAACUAACCUCACAUGGCCUACAUCUGAAUGCGGCACUUCAGAAACAACAAGGCCCGGCGCUUACCAAUAGUCCUGCAAACACAAUGGGAGGAGUCCAAAAUCCGAACCAUUUGACGAGUCCAAUUGUUCGGAUUGACUACAGCCAUGGAGAUCAUUCCGACCAACAUGACAUGGGGUUGAAUCUCACGCUAGAUUCUGGCAAGCGAUCUGCCCAGCAUUUAUCGCCGUAUGCGAAUGAGUCAUCCGACGAUGAGAUCGAAAACACACAUGGAUCCAUCAAUAAUAGCUAUGCGGGUAGAUCUAUCUCCGUACCUGUGCCCGAGCGAAACGAUGACGGAUCUUGGGCUACAGAGGGAGCAAAUUCUCAGGCUGGUAUCAGUCCGAUAGGUCGCAGCAGACUUAAUGAGCAAUCCAUUGUCUCACUCAAAGAACAGGAGGAACAGAUUCUUCUAGCUGGGAAAAAUAAGGAGGUAGAAGAAUGGCUCUCUCAUAGUGAUGUAGGCAGCGAUGUUGAAGGCCCGGUCAGGCGGAAAAUCAAAGACUCCAAUCGAAGGAGAGCCAGAAGUUUCAACGACAUAGCGAGUCAAGCGAAGUCAGGCACAUACCUUGGAUUGGGCGUCCAAACUGCAAUACUCCACGAUCGUAGUAUACCCGGUCCAGGAGUGUACAUUGACGAGCGCAGUGAAUAUGACGAGGACGAUGAGGAAGGGGAACGAGUCACGGAUGUAUCGUUGGAAGAUGACGAAAUGCCAUUCAAUCCGGAGAGCGUGAACUCUUCCUCUUAUUUCCCCGCUUCUGAGCAAGACUUCAUCGAAGCUGUUCCGGCGAAGCCCUGGGCCGAUUCAUCAUGGCCUAAUGGAAAGUCCAGCGACCGUUAUCAGCCACCGACGUCGAAUCAAGCGAUGUCAAGAUUCAUAACUCGUGCAAAAGAAGUCGAUCAUGCUUCUUUGGCUGCAACCGUUGGCUCAUCUCGACGCAGGAGUGAGUCGGAACUAGGGAGUCUAUACGGUGCUGUUGGGAUUUCCAAACCAGUUGCACCGACCAACUUAGCAGAAGCACGCGGUAAGCCGAAGGAAAAGCGUGAACGAAGGCCUAGCAUACUCGAAAGCAUUAUCAAACGCAAAGACACUAAUGCUCUAAAGCGUAAGGGAAGCCAGCCUUCUCCGUCACAGCCGGCCGAGUCAGGUCAGGCUAACACGAAGAACGCCCAGGGCAUAGCCACACCCCCUAAGCGGAAGCACAGCUGGAGCUCCAAGGGUCCCAGGGUAGAUACGAGCCCUCUGCCCAGCCAAAAAGACCUAGGUCUAAGCACAGGUCCUAAUCUUCCCACAACUUCCGGGCCACUGAAGACUUUGGGAAAAGUCAUACAAAGACAUCGCAGCCGGAGCGACUUGGGGAAAUCGCCGGGCCUAGCUACACUUAUGACACAACAUGGUGGUCCUCCUAUGUUGUCAUUAGCUUCACCAUUAGCAGACAAUGACACCAAGUUCGGUCCACCUGCUCUAACAACUGCCGUUGCCGCCAAGGACGAGGAGGACAGUAACGCAGGCGACGACAUACACGAAAUGCACACUAUGGAUCUCAAGAUUCGAAACGACCCGAUCAUACCAACAGCUGAGGGUUUCAAGACGCAUGCUCGGCAGCUAAAUCCUCGAUUAGUUGAAUACAUGGUGGAAAGGGUGACUCAGGAACAGAUGCGACGAUACAAGCGGCUGCUUGACUUCAAAGUCAAGCACUGCAAUGCUGUCAGGCACAGGAAUUGUUCCGCACAAAACUUCUGUCUCUCUCUCGGUGGGGAAUCUAAGAUCCUGCCACCGCGAGCUAGCAAUAAGGAUGGUGACGCACCGUUCGUCGGGUUUCAGAUAACCACUCCUGGAUCCUCAGAUGAAGACCUCAUCGCUGCGAGUGAGGGCACAGUCGUGGCAGCCCAAUUCCCACCCGGCGUCCCACUGCCACCUGUGAAACGCCUACCUGCCGAAUUCGAAUGCCCUUUGUGCUUUAAAGUAAAAAAGUUUAACAAGCCGUCAGAUUGGACAAAGCAUGUGCAUGAAGAUGUUCAGCCUUUCACCUGCACAUUUCCCAAUUGUGGGGAGCCCAAAUCAUUCAAGCGCAAAGCUGAUUGGGUUCGGCAUGAGAACGAGCGGCACAGACAGUUGGAGAAUUGGACCUGCAACAUUGGCGACUGCACGCACACUUGCUACCGCAAGGACAACUUUGUACAGCACUUAGUGCGUGAACAUAAGUUGCCAGAGCCUAGAGCCCGAACGGGCCGUGCCAGCAAUACCGGCGCCAACGGGCAUAUCGAAGGAAGCGGACCAUAUCGCUUGGGAAUAUCUAGCAAUGAUCCUUCCGAUGAUGUAUGGGCGCUUGUCGAGCGUUGCCGACGGGACACCGCUAAGCAACCCAAGGACGAGCCUUGCAGGUUCUGCGGCAAUAUCUGCACCAGCUGGAAGAAGCUGACUGUGCAUCUCGCAAAGCACAUGGAGCAAAUUAGUAUGCCUAUUCUGCCUCUUGUCGAGCAGAAGCAUGUCAACGCGGACACCAUUGUCAGUCCCGUCGUCGACAUCCCGCAACAUUCCGAUCAGAUCCACACACCUAGUCGGUCUCCAGCAUCUCACCACGGCCCCCACUCUGCUGGUCCGAGAGAUCACAGCUAUCCACCACAGUUCCUCCAAAGAUCCACCGCCACGGCUAUGCCACCUAAUGACAUCAGCACGUACCCUCCUCCGCAACUUCACCAUAUGGUAUCGCAGUCGCAGGGUGAUUAUCCGUCGUAUUCCAGAGCGAGAGACGCCAAUACACAGCAUAAUGCAUAUACCAACGUCUUGCCCGUAUCUGGACCGAGUUGGACCGAGUCAAGCCAAAUCAAUCAUGCUCCACACUAUGCUCCACAACCACCACCCAUCACGCCAGUAUCAGGCUCAGGAUUUGGCAGCAACCCUGUCUACGAAUCCCCCACAGUCGAGACGCACAGCUUGCCGGGACCUGCAUAUGCCCAGCAAUGCUUUCCGACAACAGCGUCAAAUUCGACGUCAGGCGCAGGGGACGUUACUAUGCGAGUCCCAUCACAUGUUGGCUACGGCCAGAGCGCAAACGCAUUCCAACAGUCUGAUUACCAGCUGCAUCCUUACAUGUCUCAGCAGGAACAAGCAGGUCUAUACAGGCAGUACUAG